AUUACCGAGGAGACGGGAGACCACAUGCUGAAUGAGAGAGACCUCUUCUUGGCACCGAGCGCAGGAAGAUUUUUGGGAUUGUUUCUGGGGAAACUGUGCAUUUUGGAAUUGGACUGAUUCUUCCCACAUUCCUCAGCUGCUCUAGUCAUGGUAAAGCGUUUAUCGAUUGCUGAAAGUUGUUGAAUUUUGAAAACACCCAUCCAUGCCUCCGGACAACCGACGGCGACCGGGAGAACUUCCGAAAUGAUUUUUUUGGAACCUGUAUGAAGAUGCCCUUUUCACAAGGAAGUGAGGAUUAAUUUUUUUUUUUUAAGAAAGAAACAAACUCUGCUUUCUGUAACCCACCUCCCCGGAAUCUGGCUUUGAAUCCCCCUAUUUUUUUUCCAAACCUUUGGGAAGACCAUCAUGAGGAAGCUACUGUCUCUUUUCUGUUGUUAUCCGUGGAUGCUUUUUUUGUUUUUGGAAGAGCAGGUAUCUGGAAAUUAUCCUCAAACACAGGGUCAUCCAGGGUUUGAGGUGUUAGCAUCCGCUUCUCAUUACUGGCCACUGGACACCGUGGAUGGAAUUCACGAGCUUCAGGAUACCACAGGAGACAUUGUAGAAGGGAAAGUCAGUAAAGGCAUUUACCUCCGAGAGAAGAGAGGAGUCACGUUAUUGUAUUACAAAACCUCUUGCAUUAGUAACCCAGCCCAGUGUGAUCCUGAAGGAGUCACCUUUUCAUUUUUCUGGAAGAUCCAAGGAGAGCAGUCUAGGACAACCCUCCCAGCUUAUGGAGGGCAGGUUAUCUCCAGUGGAUUCAAGGUCUGCUCCAGUGAAGGAAAAGGAUCUGUGGAAUUUUACACCCGUGAGAAUUCCAUGAAGUGGGAGGCCAGCUUUAGCCCACCAGGUCCCUACUGGACUCAUGUUCUAUUCACGUGGAAAUCCAAGGAGGGCCUGAAGGUCUAUGUCAAUGGGACCCUGAACACCACAGACCCAAGUGGGAAAGUAUCUCAUGCCUAUGGAGAAUCCAACGUCAACCUGGUGAUUGGCUCUGACAGAGACCAGCCCAAGAACUAUGAGAAUGGUGCCUUUGAUGAGUUCAUUAUCUGGGAGCGAGCCCUGACACCCAGUGAAAUCAGGAUGUAUUUUACAGCUGCCAUUGGAAAGCAAGUAUUUCUUUCUACCACACCCCCCACUGCUGCAACCAACAUGAAGGUCUCCACUGAUGUUUAUUGUCCCAUCAUAACCAAUCUGACCGAGCAAAGAAGCAAUUCUGAAAACUCAGGGACCAUGCUGAACUACCUUCAAAACAUGUCAGUCAGCUUACCCAAUGAGUCUCUCUCGAAGGAGACUGCCUUCAAUUUCACUGAGACCUUCUUAGAAACCGUGGGAGAGGUGCUUCACCUCCCAGCUUGGACAGACGUAUAUGAGCAACCUUCUGCUGUGUUGGGUUUGAUUGACACCAUCGACAAAGUUCUGUGGCACAUAGCUUACAAUCUGCAAACGUACAAAAUUGCAGUUACCGUCCAGGGCUCAUCUUCAGUAGCAGAGUAUUCGCUGGCCAAAGUGCCCCCAGAGACGAUGACAUCUCACCACUACCGCUUCCCCACCCAGGGACAGAGCUACAUUGAAAUUCCUCGGGAAGCCUUCCAUAGCAAAGCUUGGACUACCAUCGUUGGCCUCCUCUAUCACAAAAUGCACCCUUGUUUCAGCAACAUCCAGCCUACUGACACAAAGAUUAUUGAGGCAGCCAACUACAAAAGCCACUUGAUAACAGCCACCAGCUACCUUAUUUCUCUGAAGGUAGAACCACCACCAGUGCUAUCCCAGAACUUGUCAGGAUCACCUCUGAUCACUAUACGGCUCACACACACCCUGAGUCGGGAGCUAUACAGUGCUGCAAGAAAUAAAAGCAACAUGAUUUUCCGUUACUGUGCAUUCCUGGAUUUCAGCUCCGGAGAAGGCAUCUGGUCAAACGAAGGCUGUGUUCUCAUAGAAGAGAAUCUCAACUACUCCAUCUGCCACUGCAAUCACCUCACCAACUUUGCUAUUCUGAUGCAAGUGGUACCCCUGGAGCUCACUAACCCAUCUUCCUCUCUCUGCGCAGCUGACAAAGGACACCAGGUGGCGCUCUCAUCCAUCAGUUAUGUCGGCUGCUCCCUCUCCAUCUUCUGCCUGACCAUCACCCUGGUCACGUUCGCUAUGCUGUCCUCUGUCAGUACCAUCCGAAACCAGCGCUACCAUAUCCAUGCCAACUUGUCCUUUGCCAUUCUGGUGGCCCAGAUUUUACUUCUCAUCAGUUUCCGAUUUGAGCCAGGAACAGUUCCUUGCAAAGUGUUAGCGGUGCUGCUUCACUUCUUCUUCCUGAGUGCCUUUGCUUGGAUGCUGGUGGAAGGCUUGCAUCUUUACAGCAUGGUGAUCAAGGUGUUUGGCUCAGAGGAGAGCAAGCAUUUCUACUACUACGCCAUUGGUUGGGGUUGUCCGCUUGUGAUCUGCAUCAUUUCUGUAUCUGCCAGCAUGGACAGCUAUGGAGAAAAUAGCAAUUGCUGGCUGUCCUUGGGAAAUGGAGCCAUAUGGGCCUUUGUAGCCCCAGCCCUGUUUGUCAUCAUGGUCAACAUUGGCAUUCUCAUUGCUGUGACCAGAGUCAUCUCCAGGAUCAGCGCAGAGAACUACAAGGUCCAUGGAGAGGCAAAUGGUUUUAAGCUGACAGCCAAAGCAGUAGCGGUCCUCCUGCCCAUCCUGGGAAGCUCCUGGAUUUUUGGUGUGCUUGCUGUGAAUGACCAUGCCAUUGUUUUCCAGUACAUGUUUGCGGUGUUUAACUCUUUGCAAGGAUUUUUCAUCUUUCUAUUUCACUGUCUCCUGAAUUCUGAGGUGAGAGCUGCCUUCAAGCAUAAAACCAAGGUCUGGUCCCUCACCAGCAGUUCUAUUCGCAACAUCAAUGUGAAGCCCUUCAACUCCGACAUUAUGAAUGGAACCCGGCCAGGAACAACUCCCACCAAACUCAAUACCUGGGACAAGAGCAGCAACUCAGCCAACCGGAUUGACCUAUCUGCGGUGUGACCCAGGGCCAGCUUCCCUUCAACCUGAAAUGCCUGCCAUGUCUUUGGGGCUCAGCCCCCACCAGAGCCCCACCCAAAUAUUCUCACAGAUAUUCUUAGUAGGAUCCUUUCUCCUCAUCACUGCCUGGGAAAUGGAAACUGGCUGCCUUGCUUGUCAGGUAACUGGCCAUCUUCUGCUUGCUCUCUUGUGUUUAAUGGAGCUCACCCCUUGGCCAUUAGCAGAGUAACUCUUGCCCUGGUGUACACUGGAUAGCUUGCUCAGUGAUGAGAACAGUAGAUAGAAGGAAAGUAAAGAAAAAAGAACACAACACUCCCCUCCCCCACCCCAAUGCUGCUGUCUGAAGCCCAGAGCUGCAUGGCUACCGUGAACACAAGCCUUCUGAAGGACAAGCUUUGGUUUCAGAAAGAAAAGAAUGAAGAUAAAAUACUUCCUGUUGAGAGUUUGAAGUAAAAGUCUUCUUGCUUCUUUCUGCCAUUCUCUGUUUGCACUGAGGAGUCCAGUCAUCCCAGGGGUGAAUCUGCAGAAUACCAAGGACAGAGGCAAAGGCAAGGAAAUCCAUCUGAAUACCCCCAGGACUUGGAACUGAGAAGAGAGAGCUCUGUUCAGCCUUUCAUACUGUACUGGAGACUCAAACCCAAGGAAACUAACUGUUGUUGUGCUGUCAAGAGAUGCUGAGGUUCACACAGAUGCAUGGAGUAGCCAACCAUCCUUAGGCAGAUCAUAGGUGUAUAUGAACUACAAUCUAUGUGGGAUAGCAUACAUAAAUAUGCAUCUACACACUCACAGCCAAUGGCAUUUGCAUAAACCUACUCAUAUUAUCCUGAGAUCUGUGUAAAAUUAAAGCUUGCUUCAGAAUUCAGAAAGAUGUUACCUGUUUUGGUGAUACCCACUGCAUUUUCCUGAUUGCCUUUCCUUCCUACAACUCUCUGUUGACUCCAAGGUUUGCCUCGAGGUUUUGCCUAUGAGAACCUUCCAGUUGGAGCUAUUUAUAUCCAUGAGAACAGGGGCUCUUUGAGUGCAGGAAUUGUUUCAUUUUAGUCUUUGUUAUCUACCCCUCGGUGCCUAGUAUAGUGCCUUUCACAAAGUAGAGUCUGAAUUAAUGUCUGUUCAUUUGACUUGCCCCAUGGACCUCAGGGCUUAUGAGUGCUAAGUCUUGUCAGGAUAAUGGCACCUAAUUCUAAAAUAAUCCAGCAGCAAAUAACAAAGGAGAUAAGAUUGCAGCAAAAUCCAUGAGUAGUCUCCAUGGCUUAUAUUGAUACAUGCCUUUGGAGUCCUGGGAAAUUCAUGUCAGCCUCCACCUGUGUUUUCUGAGGCAAAGAGACCUGUGAGGCAAAAGAGACAGACUGGAUUCUAUGCUAAUAUUUCCCAGUGGUUUCUGCCACCCACCAUCCCCCUGCCAUGAGGUUUUACUGCUAAACAUAAUCUGACAUUUCUAUUUCCAAAAUUUAUUCCCCACCAACCACUACCAGGGGUACCUCUCACCUAUUUUUUGGAGAGCAUUUGGGUGGGGAUAUAUUAAAUCAUUAUCAUGAGCAGAGUCUUUGGGUCACUCUAAGUUGCCAUACAAUGUUGUAGAUGGAUACUGAAUUGGGAGUCAGCAGAGUCUUGGGUUCAAAUUCUGUUUCUCACAUUUACUAGUUUUAUGUCCAUGGCAAAUCACUUUCCAGAAUUUUUGUUUCCUAAUUCAGAUAUGAGGAUAGAAUGGAAAUACCAGCUGAGUUCAGCACAUGGUAGAAGGACUUCUGGGGUCAGAGUAAGGGAGACAUGGAUUUAAAUCCCACCUCUGAGUCUUACUAUUUUUUGUGAUCCUGGAUGAGUCAUAUGACCUACCCCAGCCUCAGUUUCCUCAUGUAUAGAAUGAGAAUAGCUAUAUUAGUGAUGUUUACUUAGGAGAAUCAAAUGAGCUAAUGGAUAUAGAAUUCCUUGAAAACCUGCUAACCUUAAAAGGCUAUUUAAAUAUCAGCUACCAUUAUGAUCAGUGUCAAUGUCUCCCUCUCACUAAGUAGUGAAUCCAUGAUAGAUCAAGUCUUUGAUACUCUUCUUCCUUUUCAUUUGGCCAAUAAGACCAGAGGAGGGGAGGGGAGCAGUGGGGUAUGCGAUGUGAAUGUGGCUGCAUCUUCUGCUGUGAACGUGAAUGGGUUGGCUUUGGCUCAAUCCUUUUGGAAAUGGCAUUAAUUGUUACAAUGAUGUCUAUGGGAUCAGCCCUUUGAGAAAACAAGGGCUUUAUCGAAUAAGUGUGAUCCAUUGGGAAGUGUGCAAACCAAAUACCAGAGAAUCAUACUGUGAUGACGGAGCUCCAAAUGUUUAUGAAACGUAUGGGCAAGAUAUUUAAACCUAUUUUUGAUACUAGAAGAUGUCUUUGUUUUUUUCAAACUGUGACCAUGGAUGGAUAGAGAUUGGAACCCAUUCCCUUUUUCUCUCUUUGCUGUAUGACAAGACAAGUGAUGUUAGGGGUGAUAUGAAUGAGUCCAAUUCAGUAAGUUAUUAACAGUUGUAGACUGUGUUUUUGUUUUUGCAUGCUUGACUCUUUCUUGUUGGUUGUACUGCAUAGGAUAUAGAGCAGACCCCUCAGCAAUGUGGCAAUAACCUGUUCAAUAAACUUGAAGGAUGUGCCAUUCUGUUGGUGCAGUUGAAUCCCCCCACUGAUGCAUAUCACAACCCCACUAUAACUUAUCUUUGAGUGGUUUUAUGAUUUAAAAAAAUAUAUCAUCUUGGGGUCAAUCUUGGGGAGCCAAGUACCCUACUGCUUCAAUGAAUCUGUAUUCUUUUCCAUAUGGACCCUCAUCCUUUCAAUGAGGAGAGUUGGAACCCAUCCAUGUCUGGAACUUCUCCAUGAUAUCCAGAAAAUCAUCUGAUUUGGGGGAGGGUGUGCACUCCUAAGGACCUUUUUCACCUUGACAUUGCUUGGACACCAACGGAGUGCCCACACUGUUCAUUAGCCAUACUCACUCUUGCAAUGAAGACCAAGGAAAUGCAAUUAGACAAGUGUUAGCUAUCAUUAAGGGUCAAAUCUAGUUCUAUCCAGGGAUAGUUAGUGUUUGUUUUAAUGCAACCCCCUAAUGCAUAGUCAUUAAAUGAUGAUAUGAUUUAUUAUACUUUUCAAUGUGACAGAUGAAUUAAAAGGAGGACCAAGGUGUUCCCUGCAUACACUGAGACCACAUUGAUAUAUCUUCUCAAGGUCUCUUCCAGCCUUUACCUUCCCUCACUCUAUGAUUCAAUGAAAUAGAUUUUCUACAGUUUAGUUCAUGAUUUUUACCCUAUAGCUUGAGAUUUGAAUGGCAUGUAAAGAUAUAGCAUAUCCUCAUUAUGUGUGUGAGUGAAUCUAGAAGUUAGAAAACUGUAUUAUGACUUUGGAAUCUGGAGUUUUUGCUUCUUUGGUGUCUGAUUAACCAAAAUAUAGUCAGGAUGUGAUCUUGCCUCAGCUCAAUGCUGUUUCUUUGGUCUAAGUCUUAUCUCCUGUUUUCCCUGAGUCUGGCUGAUGUGUCCAGAGAGAAACAAUCAGUUCAGAUUUUCUAAACCUUUCUGUCUUAAGAAAUAAAAAUAGUGCAAUGUAUUUAUGGGCUUGUAUAUUGGAGCUUCUGCUAUAUUUCAUCAGUGAAACAUAAUUUGGCCAAAGAUGAAACUGUAAUCGAAGGAAUUGUGACUUUGUAAUAGAUUACAUCACAUAAAUGGUAAUAAAUGCCAGUA